AUGUGUGUGGGAAGGUUGAAGAGGAUGAAGAGCCAAAAGAAGGUGAAGAGGCAAAUGGUUGCUGAAGCUUCACGUAAGAUGCUUUUGAUAUUGAAUUUUCUUUUCCUUGUGCCAUUGAAUAUGGACUAUGGCCUUGAUCCAACAAUAGGGAAGGCCAUAAUACAGGCAGCUGAGGAGGUCGCAGAGGGAAAGUUAGAUGAUCACUUCCCACUUGUUAUCUGGCAAACUAGCAGUGGCACACAAAGCAACAUGAAUGCCAAUGAGGUAAUUGCAAAUAGGGCAUCUGAGAUCCUUGGACACAAGGGCGGUCAGAAGUAUGUGCACCCAAAUGACCAUGUGAAUAGGUCACAAUCUUCAAAUGAUACAUUUCCCACUGUAAUGCAUAUAGCGACGGUCGUUGAGAUACAUUCAAGGUUUAUCCCAAGUUUGCAACAGUUGCAUGAUUCACUUCAUUCGAAAGUAGGAUUUAUUCUAUCAUCUUUUGUUGUCUUAUUUAUUAACCAUGGUCACAACUCUUGCUUCUGCUGCGACUCCGGCUACUGCUUCAGCUCCGACUACGGCUCCAGCUCCUGCUGCGGCUUCUGCUGUGUGACCAGCUCCUGCUGCGACUCCUGCUCCUACUAA